AUGAAAUUACUCGCAGUUUUGUCAAUCACCGUAGCAGUCCUUGGGGUGACAGCUGCCUUUAAACCACCAGCGGCUCGCUAUGACGGAUUCAAAGUCUAUAAAGUCUUUGUCAAGGAUGAACAACAGCUGUCGGAAUACAAGAAAUUGGCCAAUAACAUUCCAGUUCGCUUUUUGAAUGACAUCGGUGGUCCUGGUCGCAGCUAUGCUCUUACCAUUGAUCCUGCCAAUAACAAGGCUUUGGAAAGCCACUUGAAAUAUCAUGAAUUUAAUUAUGAACUCACCAUUGAUGAUUUGCAAGAAGUUCUGGAACAAAGUAUGCCCGUCGAUAUGGAAUCGAAAAAUUCGACAAUGACCUGGACUGCCUACCAUCCUUUGGCUGAUAUUUAUGAUUGGUUGGAUUCAUUGGUCAUGGAUAAUAUGUUGACCAUAACCCCAUACAUUAUUGGCAAAACCUAUGAAGGACGUCCCAUUAAGGCUGUCAGAAUUUCCACCAAACCCGGAAACAAGGCUAUUUUCAUUGAAUCCAACAUCCAUGCCAUUGAAUGGAUUUCCUCGGCCACCACAACAUGUUUCAUUAAUAAUUUGCUCAAGGCUGAAUCAGCUGAGAUGAAAGAAUUGUUGAUGAAUUACGAUUGGAUUUAUGUACCCGUUUUGAACCCCGAUGGUUUGGAAUAUACUCACAAUGUUGAACGUUUGUGGCGUAAGAAUCGUAAACCCACUGGUUUCUCGAACUCUUCGGGUAUUUGUUAUGGUACCGAUAUGAAUCGUAACUUUGGUUUUAUGUGGGGAGGUGCCGGCCACAACUUUGAUGUCCCCUGUGAUCACUGGUAUGGUGGUGCUGCCCCCGAUACCGAACCUGAGGUCUUGGCCUUGCAACACUUUGUCAACUCCUUCCCUGAGGGCUACAUUCGCAUGUAUUUGGCUUUCCAUGCCUUUGGCAACUUCGUCCUGUUGCCCUAUGGCCAUUCCAACACUGAAUUCCCACCCAACUAUGAUCAAAUGAUGCGUAUUGCCAAUGCCUUUGCUGAUGCUGCCAAAGUGAAAUAUGGAACUGAAUUCUUGAGUGGUGCUAGUGGUCUUUUGAAUUAUCCCGUUUCCGGCUCGGCCAAGGAUUGGGCCUAUGGUGUCAAGAAAAUCCCCUUCACUGCCACCAUUGAAUUGCGUGAUGAUGGCUCCAAAUAUGGUUUCUUCUUGCCUGGCUCUCAAAUCUUGGAAGUAUGCACUGAAGUCACUGAUGGUUUGGUGGAAAUGGUUCGUAAAGCCCGCGAAGAGGGUCUUUUCAAUUAA